GGAAUUCUCAUCUUAUUUGGCUACUUACGUGACUUCAUGAGAGCAUGGGGGCUGGAGAAGUGUCACAUAGCCGAGGAAAGGGAAGAACAGAAAGAUUUUGUGCCUCUCUACCAAGAUUUUGAAAAUUUUUACAUAAGAAAUAUUUACAGACGACUUCGGGAUGCCUUUCACCGACCUGUCUGCAGCGUGUUCCAGGAGCUGAAUUUGAUCUAUUGGAGCGAGUGUCAGAUGACUACAACUGGACGUACAGGUACACUGGAAAAGUUAUUAAGGAUGUGAUCAACAUGGGAUCCUAUAACUAUCUUGGCUUUGCAGAAAAUGAGAGGGAGUCAUUGGGGACAAUAGAGGAGGUCCUGCAGGCAUAUGGACUUGGAGUAUGUAGUACCAGACAAGAAAUGGGGCAUUUGGUCAAACAUCAAGAGCUGGAGGAUUUGGUGGCGGAGUUCCUCAAUGUAGAAGCAGCAAUGGUGUUCAGCAUGGGCUUUGCCACAAAUUCAACAAAUAUUCCAGCAGUGGUGGGCAAGGGAUGUCUUAUUCUAAGUGAUGAGUUUUAAACCACACAUCUUUGAUUCUAGGAGCCAGGCUUUCCGGAGCAACUAUUCGAGUUUUCCAGCACAACAAUAUGAAGAACCUAGAAAAAUUACUACGGGAAGCUGUGAUCAGAGGUCAGCCACGCAGCCAUCGAGCAUGGAAGAAAAUCCUUAUCAUUGUUGAAGGAAUUUAUAGUAUGGAGGGAUCUAUUGUCCGCCUUCCAGAGAUUGUGGCACUGAAGAAGAAAUACAAAGCUUACUUAUAUUUGGAUGAAGCACACAGUAUCGGGGCAGUGGGGGCAACAGGACGAGGGGUGGUAGAGUAUUUUGGGAUGGACCCUGCAGAUAUUGAUGUGAUGAUGGGGACCUUCACGAAAAGCUUUAGUGCCAGUGGAGGAUAUAUUGCUGGCAAAAGGGAACUGGUGACUUAUCUAAGAACCCAUUCUCACAGUGCAUUGUAUGCAACAUCUAUGUCUCCUCCAGUAACAGAACAAAUCCUGAGGGUAAUGAAAUGCAUUAUGGGACGUGAUGGGACUCUAACUGGACAGAAGAGAGUCUAUCAGUUGGCACACAACACCACAUACUUCAGACAGAGGCUGAGUGAAUUAAAUCUAAUUACCUACGGCAAUGAAGAUUCUCCUGUUGUCCCCGUACUCAUGUACAUGCCGACCAAAGUAGGGGCCUUUGCGCGACAUAUGCUGAAGAAGAAAAUUGGUGUUGUCAUAGUCGGUUUCCCAGCAACUCCCAUAGCAGAAGCCAGAGUCAGAUUUUGCAUUUCUGCAACACAUACAAAGGAAAUGUUAGACAGGGUAUGUUUUUGA